AUGGCAUCAUUGCCUAUUUACCAUCAAGUACCGACGGACGAGAAGUCCGCUGUGGACUUUUAUCACGAUGAGCAAGACAUUUCCAAGAUCCAUCCUGCAUCUAUCGGAAACGGCGCUAUCAGACUACCAACCGAAGCCGAUCUUGAAAAGAAGAAGAAGGUAUUGCCAAAGUGGAAGAAAGCUUUAGUGGCCUUGGCUUUGGUCUGGUUCACCUACACUGUCUUUGGACAUAUCGGUGGUAAAGGACAUGGACAUCAUCACGGUGUAGACCAAUGGAAAGGAUAUGAAUAUGGCUCGAAACAUGUCUUCUCACCUUGUCAUGGUGAUGACAAGUUUGCACCACAAGAAGAUGAACUCAAAGUCAUUCCUACCAUUUACGGCACCUCCAUCUCACUCGAGGAUAAUCGACAAAUCGCCAAUGCCUCAUUCUCGAUCCCUCUUCACCGAAGAAAAGCAUUCAACGUCAAUUUCGGUCCAAACGUAGAUGCCAAUAUCAUCAUCUCCAAAUCCGAGAUUAUGUUGCAAGAUGGUGAGGAAUCUGCCCAAGGUCAAAUUAUCGUCGAAUCUUCAUAUGAAAACGAAAACGAUGUGAAAGGUGUAGAGAUGAAAUCUGGUGAAUGGUUCAACCAACUAUCUAUCUCUGCUGAAGGAUCGAUCAACCACAAAGUUCACUUGAUCCUUCCCUCGUCUGAAUCAUUCAUUUCAUCUCCUAUCUCAAUCUCCUCUGCCCAAUCGCUCAAUUUCGAGAUUGACUCUUCCGCAACUGGAAUCACCUUCCGAGAUCUCAAACUCAAAUCCGAAUCGGGAGAUGUCAACGUUCCAUCCAUUGUUGGUGCAAGAGUAGAGUUGGAAAGUACUACCGGAAAUGUUGGUGGUAUCUAUAAUGUAUCUAAAGCAUUAAUCUUGAAAACCGUAACUGGAGAUAUCGAUGCUAAAGUCCAUGUUUUACCUCCUUGGAACGGUCCUUCAAGAAGACCCCCUCCUCCUCAUGGUGGUGAUGAUAAGCACAAACCCAAACAUCCCAAACACGAUGAUGAUGAGUACAAACCUAAACAUCAUGCUCACGAUGACCACGAUGACGAUGACGAAGAAGAGGGUCACCGAGAACGAGAACACCGACACUACAAGAAGAGCAAGCAUCACAAGAAGAGAGAUCACCACCAGAAGAGACAUGAUAAACACUCUAAACGAUCAUGGUUAUCAUCUCUCUUAUCACCAUUCAAGAAAUCUCCACCACCUGGUCCACCUGGUCCUCCUCCCCCUAAACCAGCAUUCAUCGGUGCGAACUCCAUCAACGGUUCCGUCAACAUCACUAUCCUUUCUCAAGGAUCUUACACCUCGUCCGAAAUUCGAGCUAGCUCCACUUCGAACAACGUCACCAUCCAACAUGCCGAAAACUUUAGAGGUUUCUACGAUAUCUCAUCAUCGAUCGGUAAAUUCAAUGUCAGUGUUCCUGAGAAAUACAAGGAUCACCAUGUGUUGACUGUUGGCGAAACGGAACAUGGAGGAUUCCAACACGGUUUGGUAGGAUUCAAGAGACCUAAAGGUGAAGAACCACCUAAGAAGAAGCUACCACCUGGAAAUGCAACUGAAACUGACUUCGAGGUCGAAAUGGACUCUGAAGUUGACAUGGAAGUGGAAAAGAGACAAUGGAAUGAUCAACCUCAAGAUGGACCUGAAGGUGGACACCCUCCACCACCACCUCACGGUCCUCCAUCAGGACCUCCCAAGGGUGAUCAUCCACCACCACCACCUCCUCCUCCUGGCCCUCCUGGACCACCUAAAGGUGAUCACCCUCCUCCUCCUCCACCUCCCCCUGGUCCUCCCGGUCCUCCCAAGGGUGAUCAUCUACCACCUCCACCACCUCCUCCUCAUGGACCACCCGGACCACCACCUCCACCACCAGGAGGUGAUCACCCACCACACCCUCCUCCUCAUGGACCACCCAGAGGCCCACCAGGACCAGGACCUUUCCCACCUCCCGGACCUCCUCCCCCUCCAGGACACUCACGAGUCUUUGCUCAUGCCGAUAUCGGUAAUGUCCAAAUUGUUCUCUGA